AUGGCUGCCAAGAAACCGAAGAGGAAAAUCAAGCAUCUCAUAUCUGCAAUUCAAUCUCCACAGGGUCUAAAUCCACCCAACCUCAAAAGACUGUAUGCUCUACUUCACCAUUUGUCUACUUUGGACUCCCCCAUAAGUGGCAGUUUCCCACACAGGAAGUUUAAGAAAUGUGGAUUCAAUUUCAAACUUAAAGACAUUCAGUGCCUCUCUGAUAUUUUGUUUAAACAGCUUGAGGCUAGGUUUCAUGGGUUCUUCUCUGCUUUACACGAGCAUAAUGUUUCUGCUGCUGAUAAUCGAAAGUGUUUCCUGAUUGGAGAACUGACAUUGCUUUUGAGAUGCUGUUUGGUUUUGCUGGUUUUGAUUGAAUAUGACCACCUUCUUCUUGUAGAGAAGGGUUUGGCUAUUCUUUCCAUACUUAGCAGAUUGAUUUCAAUAGAGUUAAGUGGUGGAAAUGGAAAGAGUCGUAUUACUUUCAAGAAAUUGGUUUCUCGUCAAUGCGUUAGUGAUGAUUGUACCACCUCUAUUACUGAGGAGUUUGUUGCUUCUUUAUGUUUGUGGGAACCUUCUGAUCCGCGCUAUGCAUUUCUACGUGCUGUGCUUGAGGUGUUUGCAGAUGAACUUUUGGUGCAUCAAUCAUUGAGACAGUACUUUGUGAUAGUUGAUUCUGCACCUUCCAGAAGCGAAAGGCUAUUCGCGUGCCCCUCUGGGCAUGGUAAUAUUGGAAGUGUUCUGGAGGUGAUUUGUGCUCAUUUUGUUGUAUCACUUUCUGAUGAGCAAGCUUUUGAAAAUUUUCUCAACGGACGAUUUUGGUGCCAUGGGGAGGAUUCCAGAUUUCCUGAAAUGGGCCUGCCAGCGGCCUUAUCAUUGCUUCUCAAUCCCAUCAUGCUAUCUGCACCCAAAUUGUUUCAGGCAUAUUUGAUUUUAAUGGUUUCUGAAGCCAUUGGUAUUUGCAUGCCACAACCGAAUAUGAUGCUGGAUCUUAAACUUAUGGAUUGCUAUACAGAAGCAUUUGAAACGUCUAUCUUCUUGUAUACUAGGCACAUGUCUAGUUUGCAUGUUGAUGAUGAUUUAUUGGGUGACAAUGGUUCUUUUAUCACAUCAGGUUUGCAUGGAAGCAAUAGUAAGCUGAAUUUUGAAUCUCUUCUUCAGCCAGCCACAAGAGACAAACUACAUCAUCUAAUUUCCAAGUCAUAUGAUGCAUGGGAUUCCUAUUUAAGCAACAUGUCUUCCAAAACAAAUUCUGAACUGAUGGCUGCCUCUAUUGCCUUCAUGAAGGAGAACCUAUGCAUUGUUGAUGAAUCAUAUAAAGAUGAGGUUCUGUCAAUCUUAAGUUGCAUAAUACUUAGAUGUCCAUCUGAUGAUAUUGGUGACACUUUACUGCUCAAAAAAGGGAAAACUAGCUCUCAAGACAUAUAUCUUCUUGCUUCCAUCUUGAAAUUAAUGAGUAGUUCAAUGUUGCAAGCUAUCUGGUAUGGAAGACAUCUUAGGUUUUUAGGUUGCCAAGAUGUUUCUUCGUGUAAGGGCUGCAAUGUUAUAGUGGAUAUUCUUGGUUGUUUUGAGCACUUCAGCAUCAAUCUACCAACUCAGAAGUUCUUAUGUGAAAUGUUACAAUCUCACCCAGCGAGGCAUAAGAAGACCAAGUGGAUGUUUUUUCACUUUUCAGGAUUGUUGUCAUUGAGUUAUUCUAGCGGGCUUGAUUUUUUAGUAAAGGACUGUUUAUUUGCACUGCUGGUAGUGUUAAAUUUGUUUAUUAUUGAAGAGGGGGAUCUCACUGCAGUAGGUUCAGUAUUUGGUUCCAGGUUGGAAUUCAUUUCAUCUAAAUCCACUGAUAAAUUUGGAGAGGUCAUGGCAGUCUCAAAAUCUGGCCAAAUAGUUUCAUCAAAAACUCGAAAGAUUCAGGAGAUGUGCUUGAGAACACGCUCCAUUGUAUGUUCCAACGACAGAAAACAACACAACCAAGUAGGAACUUCAGAACAUGCCUCCAUCAUGAAUGAGGUGGAUUCUGCUGUCAGCACAGAAGAUGCUAAGGAAACCUGCAAUGGUGAGAUCUUCCUGAAGUGCGUACUAGGGAAGUAUGCAAAAUCUGAUGAUAUGGAUGAUUUAUCAGACUUCAUUGAGUGCGAGCAGGGAAAGAAUUACUCUGGCUGGUUGAGGGAUCGACAAAGAUUUAGAAUAUGGAAGUACAAGAAAACGAUAAUUCGAAGGUGGAAGAAAAAGAAAAUGUCUUGGAAUCAUCUAAAAGGGUUAGUUAUCUCUAAUUCUGCUAAAACUGAAAUUAUCUCUAAUUCUACUGAAACUGUUGGGAUUGUUUCUAAGGAUUUAAAGAUUUUGUUCAAAUUCGAAUCAGACCAAAUUCCCAAUUGUUUGAAGCAAAUUUCUAAAGUAGCAAGGUCAAAUGAGUUUUUUGAUGCACUAGUUACCCUUACACAAGCUUUAACUGGGGGAAUUUUGCAUGGUUAUCGAACCAAUGUUGGAAUUCAUCAUGAUUUUAGUGCCAAUGGAAAUGCAGGUCCAAGUUUCUUGCAUAAGAUUUUUGACAAGCUUCCUUAUCCACCUGGGUCUGGUUUUGUUUCUAUUGUUGUUGGAAGCUUUGCUAGGAACUUGGUUGUGGGCUUUCAUGAAGUGGUCUGA